AUACUAGUGUACGUAAUGGGUCUUUUCUGCUGUGACAUAAAUCAUGGCUGUCUGGAACGCGUGGUUUGCAAUUUAAGUACAUGUUUUCCACAAAUUAAUACCGGCUUUGUGACGAGAUCUCUGAGACCAUGAGUAAAAAAGAAGCUGAAGGAAGUUUUCGAAAACGAAAACUGGACAUUUCGCACACGCAACAGAUAAGGGAGGAAAGGGAUGGUAACCCGUCCUCAGCUGUGAUGUUGGCAUUUAAAACAUUUCAGCAGGAGCUAGACACUAAGCAUGAUAAGUAUGAGAGACUGGUGAAACUGAGUCGUGACAUUACCAUCGAAAGCAAACGGACCAUUUUUCUUCUUCAUAGAGUUACUAGUGUUCCUGAUGUAGAGGAAGUGCUGGCUGAAUCUGAAGACAAGUUGGACGGCGUAAAACUGAAGAUUAAGCUGAUAGCUCUGGAGCUCAUAGGGGAAGACCUGUAUCAGUACCACCGAGCCUUCACUCCAGGGAUUCAGGAGUAUGUGGAGGCUGUAUCUUUCCAGCAUUUUAUCAAAGAGCGUUCAUUGAUUAGCCUCGAACAAAUCAAUAAGGACUUGAUUUUCAUUGAAGACAAAAAAAAUGAAGAACCUGAGGGUCUAUCCAGUGAUUCCCAGGAUGAGAAAGACAAACCCGUCUGCUUCCAGGUGACUCCGACAGACUACCUGUUAGGAGUAGCGGAUCUGACUGGAGAGCUGAUGCGCUUGUGCAUUAGCAGUGUUGGCAACGGGGAUAUAGAUACACCCUUCGAGCUCAGUCAGUUCCUGCGCCAGGUCUACGAUGGCUUCUCCUACAUCGGCAACACCGGACCGUAUGAAGUGUCGAAGAAGCUGUACACUUUGAAGCAAAGCCUGGGGAAAGUAGAGGAUGCCUGCUAUGCUUUGAAAGUGAGGGGUUCCGAGAUCCCGAAACACAUGCUAGCUGAUGUGUUUUCUACUAGAGCUGCUUUGGUUGAGUCAGAUGAAGGAAUAUCUUAAAUAUUCUAUACUGUACUUCCUGAUAUUAGUGUUACACUUGGGGUAAUAUUGGGAAAUAGUCUGGUGGAUCAUAAAGGUUACUAUUGGACAUGCCUUAAUUGUAAAACUAUUAUUUGUGGCUAAAUAAAGAUCUUGCUGAUAUAGAUAUUAAUUAGUUUUGGUUUGACAUAGAUACUGCCUUUUUCCAAAACUUUAACAAGAUCUUGAAAUAUUUAGGGUCAUUUUUAGGGCCCUCAAUCAAAAUGCAGUCCUCUGGAUUGAUUCAUUAAAAAAAAAAAAAAAAAUAGCCCAGAACAAUUUGACUGUCUCACUUUUUGUAAUUUAUUAAAACAGUGCUCUUUAAACAACCUGAAGCUUUGUAAAUAGGGCCCACUGUAUUGUCACUUAGAAAACUCUCAUCAGCUAUUAGUUUGAGCAUGGCUAUACAAGUUUUAAACAUGUAAAAGAAAAGAAAAUCCUCAAUAGUAUAGUAUUUUGUUAAACGUUUACCGAAAAAUGUACUGUUUUAUGAGGCUCAUUAUUGCGUCUUUAUACAUUGCACACCUGGGUUCAUUACCUCUGGAUGUGAAUAAUGAAGGAAAAAUGUAACAAAGUAAAGUGUGCUUUAGUAAAUUAAAGUAUAAAACAACCAUUUGGCGCAAACUGUUGAAUCUGUUGGACAUAGUUUUAAGUUUACGAAAACAAUACAAAUACACCAUUUACUUUACAAAUUCUAUUUUAAUAUUUGUUGUUACUCUUCACCUUGCUUUUAUAAGUUUGAUUGCUUCAAUACUGACAUUUUAAUUAUUUUGUCACCAGCAGUCAAUAACAGUCAAUUUUUUUUUUGAUAGUUCAUAGACAUGUCUUGCUUCCUGAUCCUAGAAAAACCAUGCAAGACUUUAGCCUUUUAACUUGGCUGUUUAUCUGCUAUGGGGUCAUUUCGACACAAGUGGACCAAUACAUAAACCGCAUGUGAAGGAGAAAAGGGUUCAAGGAGGGUAUUGUGUACAUGCAAAAGUAGAGCUGGGUAACGGCUUCCCACAAUGGGAGAUUGUGUCUGAAUUUAGCAAAGAUGUCCUUUAUGACCUGUACAAAUAAUGUUAAUAUGAUUUUAAAAGUCAAGGUGACUAAAGGCCUUGAGCAUCCCACUUUGAUCCACCAACUGGAAUGAUCGAAUACCAAAGAACUGAUGGGGCCAAGAGAUACAAGUAAUUGCAGGCUUACACUUGGCCAGACAACUAAGCUCAAAUGCAGUUGACAGCCAUCGAGAAAAAAUAUUGAACCACAAUAUGUUUCCUGGUUACUCUGCCAUGUUAGUCACAGUGGUCAUACCAGGUAAUUUAAGGUGAGAGGAAAACUGCAGACUGCAUACAGUAGGACCCUUCAUGGGGUGACAGCGGAUGAUGAGAAAUAUUAGAAUCUGAAAAUACAAUCGGAUGGGAAUUUGAAAGUACAUUCCUAGGUAAACUUUACAUGUUUUGUGAUAGGAGUAUGUUGCUUUUCAUUGUUUAAAAAUAUUCUGUGACUACUGUUUUACGUAAUUGUAGAUGUUGUUGUUUUUUUUAAUAUCUGACCUUUCCAUGAACACUAAAGGGCAAAAUAAAACCAAUAAAAAAAAUUUGUUUAAACAAAA